AUGAAAAAUAUACUAGGCGUCGACUUUGUGGCAAGUGAAAAGUUCAGCGGUGAUCUGCCCGUCAACGGUGUACGACAGCGAGGCUCAAAGACUAACUCUCGUCGCGAAUCCAACACGCCGAAGAUUGUUGUGUGCCCACCAAUGGAGGAAAUCACGGAACCUAUUGCUGCGCCGCGUGGUGGAAGGCUUCUUAAAGCCUUGAGCAGAAAAUUGUCAAGACGCGGAACCGAUGUAGAUUCUCUGGGCAGCUCGAGCAGCAGUGACAGUGUAUCCUGUGAACAAGGAAGAUCUGAUGACCGGUCAUCGUGCUCAGCUAGCGAUUCUAGUAGCGACGGCUCCGACAACCAUCGCCGCCAUCGUUCUACUGUUUCCUUGAGAAGAGUGUUCCAAAGCCUGAACCUAACUUCGCGUUCUCAAUCCUGUUCACCGACAGAACGUGCACGCCAACCAAAGAAACAGGCUCAGCCCAAGAGAAUUCUUCGUCCUCCAGUUACUUACACAUACGUACGUGGCCUUUCCGGUCUGCCAACGCAGAGAGUACCACGUCACACAGUAUGCUGUUCUUCAUUGGGCCUCAACCGAUAA